AAUGGAUUGGACUGGAUUACUUGCUUGGUCAAUUGAUUAAAAGAAAGGAGAAAAAUUUGAUACUUCAAUUAAACCUAUGGAUGAAGAAACUAAGAAAUGGUUAUAUGAAGCAUUGUAAAGUUAUUCUGUUGAUGAAUUUUAAAUGAUAAAAGAUUUAUUAGAUAAAAUAGCUAAACCAGAAUUAGAAGAUGAAGAACAAUAAAGAUUAGAAUGGUUUGAAUAAUUGAUGGAACUUUUAGAUGCUUUAGAUAGAGCAAAUGAUUUUUGUAAAUUAGGUGGACUAAGGCUUAUGUUCAACUAUUUUCAAACAACUAAAUUUGAUUCUAUUAAAUUAUCAACUUUAAAGAUUAUUCAGAAUUGUAAUUAAAACAAUGCUUUUGUUUAAGAGUAUUGUGGUGAAAAUAAUUAUCUUUAACUUUUACUCCAAAUAGAAAAAAUUAAUAAUCUAAAAGUAAAAGAACAACUUAUUAGUGCUUUAUCAAGUAUAAUAAGAGGAGAAUGUUUAAAAAAUAAAAGAAGGUUCAUUGAUAUGAAUGGAUUAUAAAUUUUGUUAAAUCAUUUAGAUUCAAAUAGAUGUAUUGAAAAAAUUGCUAAUUUAUUCAGGGAUCUUUUAUAUUACGAUGAUCAAUUACAUAAAACAUAUCAUGAUUUAUCAAAAUUUUCAAACACUGCUGGAUAAUCAAUAAAAUAAUAAGAUAAAAAGAAUUAUAAUUUAACAACUGAUAUUAAUGAUGAAUUAUUGAAAUCUAAUGAAUUGCCUGAAAAUUAAAAGUAUUAAGGCAUAGUCAAAAAAAUAUUGAUAGAUUUGAAAUUCCUCAAUUAUUCAAAUAAAUUCAUUUUUGAUACCUCUAUUAAAACAUCUGAUUUAAGAAUAUAAUUCUUAUCAUGCUCAAUAAUAUUACUAAAAGUAUAAGAUGAUUAAGAAUUCAAAAAAAUAAUUAAAACUCAUUUAGAUAAUCUAAUAAAGGAAUAAGACAAGGAUGAUGGAGAAAUAAAUUUAUGUAAAUAAAUAUUGUGA